AUGCCUCGGACUUUACCGUGGCUGCUGGAGCAGAAGAAUGAAACGCGCGUGAAACCGGAGUUCACCCCGCGCAAGCGCGUCAAGCGGGAGCUGAAUUCUGACCCCGACAAAACACCCAAAGCCCCUCCGGUAGAGAAGCGCGACUUCUUUAGAUCCUCGCAAAGUCCACCUACGUCUCCAGUCCGGCCAUGUCCCUCCGAAGAAUUCCUUAUUGAAGGCUUAGAUCACGAUGAUGCCUGGAUUAUGGUCGAAGAUGAAUUCUACGCCAUUGCGCAAACCUUCACUCAGCACUUGCACUAUGCGGAAUACGUUCGACGGAAAAAGGAAGCAAAGGCUCAAGGUGCCGCGGAGAUCGCAGCGAUAGCUAGGCCCACAGAUGGCAGAACACCAAUUUCAAAAGAACUGAAGCAGAAAAAGGAAGCCGAGGCACUGGCGGCGCGCCAGAAAGCCGGACUCGAGCAGAUAGAGGUUCAGGACGACAAGGACGAUAGCGAUGAUGAUGACGACACUUGGGCUGGCACCCAUUUGCAUGGUUUAAUGGCUAGCCCGAGGAAGUCCAGAGCGUUGGCUGGUUUACAUACGUUGAAAUCUUCUACGAGAGCUGCUGCGGGUUUUGGACAAGCGCAUGGUUCACAGAGCGAUCGGAGGCAGAUGGCCAGUGGAUCUCAGGCUUGCUCUUUAUCGCGAGCUGUAGAAUCACACCGCGUCGAGAUUGAUGAGGAGACGGCGUCGAGCGAAGACGAUGACCUCGAUGGGCAAACUUCCGCGACUACUAUGCCUUCACGACGAGUGGAAACCCAGGCUCCAGCUCAAAGCUCAGAAAGAUCAACUACUCCUCCGGUUCGACCAAGUCAUGGCAAGAGCACAUCUAUGAUAGAUAAAGGAAAAUCAAGACCGCGGCCAAGCGCCAAACCGAAACACGAAUUUAAGUCGAAAGUUCAAAUGUUAUUCGACGGCCUCGAUGAACUUCCAGAGCUAUCUCGGUCCAACACUUCCAUCUCUGCGAAGGAAAGCAAGCCAGCCUCUACAAACCAAAGGCCCGAGGUCAUGACCGGAAAGAACAAUUUGGAGUCCAAGAAAUCCCGCUAUAAUGACGUUCCAACUUUUUUGAUGUGA